UAAAUCCUCUCUUCCACAAUCCAUCCUCAAAAGCCCGAAUGUUUUUUUUACAUACACACCAUUCCCACAAACCCAAAAAACUAAGUUCCUUCAUCAUUUCCCUCCUCCAACAAGUCAAACCAUGGCAUUCCCUUUCAAUUUCCUCCUCUUCCUCCUUCCCUCUCUCACACUCCUUCCCCUCACAGAACCAAAGCUCUCUCUCAACUACUACGACAAGUCAUGCCCCAAGUUUUCACAAAUCAUUGAACAAGUCAUCACCGAUAAACAACUCAACACUCCUAGUACAGCCUCCGCCACCCUCCGCCUCUUCUUCCACGACUGCAUGGUCGGCGGCUGCGACGCCUCCAUCCUCAUCUCCUCCAACGCCUUCAAUAAAGCUGAGCGCGAUGCUGACAUCAAUCUCUCCCUCGCAGGCGACGGCUUUGACCUCGUUACGCGAGCCAAGACCGCCCUAGAGCUCGAAUGCCCCAGAAUCGUCUCAUGCGCCGACAUCCUUGCCACCGCCACACGUGACCUAAUCACCAUGGUUGGCGGACCCAACUACCCAAUUCGCCUCGGCCGAAAAGACAGCUUUGUAUCAAAAGUCGAGCACGUCGAUGGCAACAUUGCCAGACCCACCAUGUCAUUGUCCCAGAUUAUCUCAAUCUUCGCUUCCAAGAAACUCUCAGCCCAAGAAAUGGUAGUGUUGGUCGGAGCACAUACCAUUGGUUUUUGCCACUGCAAAGAGUUUAGCCACAGAAUCUACAACUUCAACAAGACCUUAAAGUAUGACCCUGCGUACAAUCCCAAGUACGCGGAGGGGUUGAGGAAGCUGUGCGCAAACUACACAAAGGACCCAGCGAUGGCGGCUUUUAACGACGCGAGGACGCCCAACAAGUUCGAUAAUAUGUACUUUCAAAAUCUGCAGAAAGGGUUGGGGCUAUUAGACUCGGACUCUGCACUGGCCAUCGACCAAAGGACGAAGCCGUACGUGGACAUGUAUGCAGCAAACGAGACUAAGUUCUUUCAAGAUUUCGCCCAUGCAAUGGAGAAGGUGAGCGUUUAUAAAGUCAAGACUGGACGAAAGGGAGAGGUGCGGCACAGAUGCGAUGCUUUCAACUCUAUUACAACUUGAAAUUCUCCAUCCUUGGUUUUCUUUUUCGUGU